AUGCCCCAUGAAGUUGUACAAAAUCUGUGCUGCUGUCUCCCCACCAGCCCUUCUCUAUCCUCCUGGGAAGGUCAUUUUCCUGGGGCCAUGUUGCCUCCCUCCUCGUUUGACAGCGUUGACUUUGAGCACGAUGUGGGGGCGGGGGGCCCCUGCCCCACCGUCACCUCCGAGAAGGAUGCAGGGCCCUGCUCCCACCCUGCCCUGUGCCGCCGCCUCAGCUGGAUCACCCGGCCUCUCGGACUGUUCCCAGGCCAUCCUGGCAGUAAUGCCAGCCGUCUGGGGCUGCUGGUCCCCGGCCUGCUGGUCAAAGGCUGCAGGAGAUCCUAA